AGAGGAGGGCAAUAACUCAUUAGCAGAAGCUCUGUAUGUGUGCAUUCUGCUACUUGCCACAUGUCUACAGGGGUAUUUCUUCAGAGUGCAGAGAAACCUGUGAACUGCUGGAAUAUUAUAAGUCUUUCCUUGAGAUGUCAGCCAAGAGCUUCAGUGCAGUCACAGUGGCUACUGUGCUGAUUUUCUUCCUAAAGAUACAACUCUCAGUGCAAGCGCCGGUGAACGGGUCGAAGUGGUCUUAUAUUGGUCCUGACGGAGAGAAGGCCUGGCCAAAGAAAUACCCAUUUUGUGGAGGAGUGUUCCAAUCUCCAAUUGACUUCCACAAGGAUAUUCUCCAGUAUGAUUCCAAUCUCCUGCCUUUAGAAUUCAUAGGCUACAACGUGUCCUCCACUGACCAUUUUACACUGACCAAUAAUGGUCAUUCAGUGAAAAUGUACCUGUCCCCUACCAUGUCCAUCAGGAACCUCCCUUUUGAAUACACUGCAUCUCAACUCCACCUGCACUGGGGGAACCGCAACAAGUCCGAAGGCUCGGAGCACACCGUGGGUGGGAAGCAUUUUGCAGCAGAGCUGCAUAUUGUGCAUUACAACUCUGAGAAAUAUCCAGAUGUAACAGCAGCAAUGGACAAAGAGGAUGGACUGGCAGUUCUGGCUGUUCUCCUCGAGAUCGGACCCUUCAACCCCUCCUAUGAAAAGAUCUUCAGGCACUUCCCGAACGUGAAGUACAAGGAUCAGAAGGUCCAAGUGCCUGGUUUCAACGUUGGAGAGCUGCUCCCUGCCAGGCUGGAUGAGUUCUAUCGCUAUGAAGGAUCCCUGACAACUCCUCCCUGCUACCCCAGCGUUCUCUGGACAGUUUUCAGACACCCCGUCACAAUUUCACAGGAGCAGCUCCUGGCCCUGGAAACAGCCAUGUACUGCACGGAGAGUGACGACCCAGAGCCCCUGGAAAUGGUGGAUAACUUCAGGAACGUUCAGGAAUUUCAUGAAAGACUGGUUUUCAUCUCCUUCCGUGAAGGUUUUGUUGUUUCUGCUGUGAUAGCCUGCAUCCUGGCAGUCCUCAGCAUCCUUGCAGUAGCCCUGUGGCUCCUGAGGAAGAGAAGCUGCAAAAAGGAAGGGCAAGACAACAGAGGUGUCAUCUACAAACCAGGCACGUGCAAGGAGGAAGACCUCUCCAAAAUGUGAUGCCCUGCUCUGUCACAAAAGCCCCUUUUCACUCACAGCACUGAUUUACUUUGGAUUGGUGGUCUCUUGUUCUUGGCUAAUGAUAAGCCUCAAGAGAGUACUAAAACCAGGUACCAGCCAAAAGUUUUGUGUAGCCCUCAUUCCCUUGUUUUCCAGAGAGAUAUGAUCAGUGAAUACCCCUGAGCUGAAUUCCUCACCACAUUCCUUUCAUGUCUGCUGCUCGCUGAGUCUGGGUGUUUUAACUGAUUUUACAGUUAAUCCUAAACUCCAGUUUUAUGGUUUGUUUAGCACAGGUUUUCCCACAGGUGUUCCAGUCUGAACACUCUCAUCAAGCUACAAGAACUCUUCCCUGCUAAAUCAGGGUAUUGGUUUCAGCAUCGUGAAUAAAAACAAGAUAAAGGGCAAACUGUAUUUGAGAUAAGAGUUUGAACUGGGUUGUUCAGCUGAUGCAGUUUUUAGAAGCACAGCAAAUGAUGCCAGUACAUCCACCAGUGGAGCUGGAAAGGAGGAAAAGGGAAGUGUAAAUGCAAUGGGAGCCACAAGGAUUAUUAAUGGAGUUCAAACCCAGGAACUCAGUGCUGAACAAACACUACUGCUAGAGGAACAGCUCACCUUCCAGA